AUGCAGCCGACUCCACUCAACGGGAGCGGUUCUAUUACCGUGGAUGGGGAAUUGCGGAGCGAUGUCGAAUCCUAUCUUCGCUUAACCCCCAUAAAGCCAUCAGAUGUCAUCAACCCUCCCACCACUUCCUUCGUCCACCAGAAACAACCAAAAGGCAUUAUCGGCUUCAUCACCCUUAUUUUGUGCACGGUGAUUCCACAUGGUGGAGUUCUCUCGAACAGCUUCAACCUCGCCUCUGCCUCACUCGGAGCUGGUAUCAUUACAUUGCCGUGGGCCUUCCGUGCCACUGGCGUGCUGGUGGGGACCGUAUACCUCAUCCUCAUGACGAUAUUUACCGUGUACACCGUCACUAUAAUUGGCUACGUGAUGCAAAAGACGGGCUUCAGGGCCUUUGAGCAAAUGUCGCGGGGUGUUUUGGGACGAGGCGCCGAUUAUUUCAUGGCCCUUGUAAUGGGAGUGAGCUGCUUUGGGGCGGCUCUUGCAUAUGUUAUCGCAACAGGAAGUCUGAUUACCCCAAUUCUGCAACGCUCCCCUGGAAUACCUGAAUUUUUAAGAACUGAAACUGGCAUUCGAGUCAUGACCUGUGUUGUGUGGUUUUUUGGUAUGCUUACGCUUGUGAUACCAAAAAAGAUCAACACACUGCGGUACUUCUCCGCUGUUGGUGUUGGUUUUGUGGUGUACUUCGCCAUUACCGUUGUGAUUCACUCCUGCAGAAAUGGCCUGCCGAAACGAUCAGAGGUUAAACUUGUAACAAAAGGUAACUCGGCUAUCGAAGGUCUUGGCGUUUUUGUUUUCUCGUACCUUUGUCACGCCGUUGCGUAUCAGGUAUACUACGAGAUGCACGUUCCCAGUGUGUCGAGCCUUCUCCUCUGUACGAGCCUCAGCAUGACAGCGUGCUCCGUGCUGUACUGGCUGGCAGGUUUUUUCGGCUAUAUGGAGUUUGGGGACAGCAUUGAGGAGUCUGUGCUGUACAUGUUCGAUCCCGUCGACGAACCCAUGAUGAUGGUGGCAUACAUUGGGCUCAUUAUCAAGUUGUGUGUGUCAUACGCGCUCAACAUGAUACCGUGCCGCAAUACAGUUUACUACGCUCUGGGGUGGGAUCUUGAUCAGCUCCCGUACUGGAAGCAUAUCGCAGUGGUGACCCUCAUUUCUGUCAUUGUUCUCGUAUGCGGCUUGUUCGUCCCUAGAAUUAGUACGGCGUUGAAUCUUGCUGGCGCGGUGUGUGGUGGCUUCAUUGGUUUCAUUUACCCCGUCUACUUCUACAUGUACUCGGGGGGCUGGACACCAGCAAACGUUGGCUGGUUUCACUACGUCAUGACAUACUUAACGCUCAUUGUGGGUGUCGUGAGCGUUGUAUUUGGCACGGGGGCGACAAUCUACUCCACAUUCAACUGA